AUUUUCUAUGAUGGAAGUGAUGAAAGAGAAGAAGAGGAUCUGAUCUUUUUCGCAUUUUCUCUCUAGAAAUUCUCUCCCUCCAAACAGAGUUUGCGGAUUCACCGUAAUCAGACCAUGGAUCUUGCGAAUGAGGAGCUGCAAUUUCUUUCUAUACCUGAUAUUUUGAAGGAAUCAACCUCGAUUCCCAAACAAUCCCCAAAAGCAUUUUAUCUGAUAACCCUAACCCUAAUUUUCCCACUCUCCUUUGCGAUUCUUGCGCAUUCACUCUUCACCCACCCUCUCUACAGCCAAAUCCAAGCCUCAGACCCAAGGCACACCCACCAUCAAUGGACCCUUCUCUUGACUUUCCAGUUCUGCUACCUCAUCUUCCUCUUCGCCUUCUCUCUCCUCUCCACAGCCGCCGUCGUCUUCACCGUGGCCUCCCUUUACACCUCCAAGCCCGUCUCAUUCGCCUCCACCAUGGCCGCAAUUCCGCGGGUUUUCAAGCGCCUCUUCAUCACCUUCAUCUGGGUUAGCCUCCUCAUGAUCACCUACUACGCGGUGUUCUCCGCCGCCGUGGUGCUCCUCAUCAUCGCCGUCGAUGUGCAGAGUCCCCUGCUCUUCUUCUUCGCGCUGGUGGUCAUUGUCCUGCUCUUCGUCGUCGUCCAUGUCUACAUCACCGCCCUGUGGCACCUCGCAAGCGUAGUGUCGGUGCUGGAGCCGGUGUACGGGUUCGCGGCGAUGAAGAAGAGCUAUGAGUUGUUGAAGGGGAAGACGAAGAUGGCGGCAGCGCUGGUGUUCGUGUACCUCGUGAUCUGUGGAGUCAUAAGCGGGGUCUUCGGGGCAGUGGUGGUUCACGGCGGGGAAAUGUAUGGGGUGUUUUUCAGGAUUGUGGUUGGUGGGUUUUUGGUUGGGGUUUUGGUGAUUGUGAAUUUGAUUGGGUUGCUGGUUCAAAGCGUGUUCUACUAUGUAUGCAAGAGCUACCACCAUCAGGGUAUCGAUAAAAGCGCUUUGCUCGAUCAUCUUGGUGGGUAUCUUGGGGAGUAUGUGCCUCUCAAGAGCAGCAUUCAGAUGGAAAACUUGGAGGUCUGAGGUGAGCUGAAUUGAAAUGAAACAUAGAAAAUUAUGGGUAAAUUUCCAUGUAUGAUGUAAAAAAGGGAAAAACUUUUUAAAUGGUGUAUGUGAUUUUCUUCUUGUUGGGUACUAAUUGUAUUUUUUUUCUUUGCAAUAAAUAUCUGAGGAAGUCCUUGGUUUUA